AUGGCUUCAACCACCAAAGCCGUCACCAAGGACGGAGGCCCCCUCUCCUUCAUGACCCGUCUCUCGCAACACGUCUACCUCUACCGACCCUCGCCAACUUCCAUCACCACCACAACAACCACAACAAGCAGCAAACGCCCCCCACCAAAACUCAUCCUCCUCUUCUCCUGGAUGGGCGCCCGCGACCCUCACAUCGCCAAAUACCUCACGCCCUAUUACCAAUCCUUAUUCCCCAGUACGCCGAUCCUGCUCAUCAAGUCCGAGAUGAAGCACAUUUUCAACCCAAAGAGUUUCUGGCCCGAGAUGGAGCAGGCUGGGGUGGUAGAUGUUUUGCGAGACAUUUUCGGGGCGGAUAUGUUGAGGGCUGGUUCUCACAGUUUCGGCAACUUGGAAGGAGGGUCAACCACAGCUUUGGCGUCGCCAGCAGCCAGCAACAACGACAGCACCAAGGAGGAGAAGGAAGAGGAUCCAGAACUCCUAAUCCACCUCUUCUCCAACGGCGGUUCUUCCCAGCUUCUAUCCCUGCACCAUUAUCUCCUCUCCCGAUCCUCUCUGCAACUCCGGCUCCCCCCGCACCUGGUCAUAUUCGAUUCUGCCCCAGGUCAAAUGGCCUAUUUUCCCUCUUACCUCGCUCUCUCCCAUGUUUUACUCCCUCCGGCCUCACGCGCCCGCUUCCCAUUAUGGCUCUUCACCCCCGCCACCUUACAGCGCGUAUUAAUCGGCCCGCUAAUCCAUUUAUGGGUCUCCUUCCUCUGGACAUGUAACUUCCUCGGCCGUUUUGUACCGUUUCUUUCGAAGCUGGAAAGUCCACUGGGACGGUUGGCGAGGGAACAGAAUGAUACUUCCCCAAAUAAGGGCAGGGCCGAGAGGGAACGGGGGAGGAUGUAUAUUUAUAGUGAGGGGGAUGAGUUGGUGAACUGGAAAGAUGUGGAGGGACAUAUGGAUGAGGCGAGACAGAGGGGGGUGAGGGUUAGGGCGGAGAAGUUUGAGGGGACUGGGCAUGUAGGGCAUGCUAGGGGGGCGGGGAAUGAUGGGGGUAUUGGGGUUGUGUAG